UCGGCCAAAUCAACCCUCUAAAGCAAUUGAGAACUCCGGGCUCGAAUACGAAUAUACAGCAGCCCUUAAAUGAGAUUCUAGUAUCUCGUCUGUAUAUAGGUAAUUUGUGAUGUAUUUACAAAUCGAGCAUCUGGAAAAGAAAGUGAAGUGUGAGGGUGUUUAUUGUGAUGCGGUUAGCAGUGAAAAUUCUCACGACUUUUCUUGUUUUGAAAACAUCUAUACCGCCGGUGUUUACGAAAUUAGCACGGGAAGAUUUUUCAUUUGAUUCUUGCUCACCCCCUCAACUGGCAGUAAAUGGAUCAGAAACUGAAGCGGGAGAGAAUCGAAUACGAAAAGACUAUUCACACAUUAGAGAGGUGAAAUUUUCUGGAUCUAUCGGUCCUCUUGGUGAACAACGACUUUGUAAGAUAAAAUGUAUAGCCGGUCAGUGGGUUGGACCUUUGUGUGCAGACCAAACAGAUAAUGGAAGAUUUCAACCGUUAUUUCGAAACUGCAAACUUGAAUAUAUAAACCCUCACUUAUUAGUCACUUUUAGAAACGUAUCCAUCCUGAAUCCAGGGUGGACUUUUCCCCAUGGUGCUAAAUUACAUACCAGAUGCAUCGAAUUGGGACUGUACAAAUUGUUGGGUACACCGACACCUCAAUGCCAAAAUGGACAGUGGUCUUCCAGACUCCCAUCCUGUGUACCAACAACUAUUUUAACUAAUUUUACAGAAGAUGCACCUCCCUCGAUCCUUAUUCGGAUACCAUCCGGAUCAGCUUCUGCAGAGCCUGGUGGAGAACUUGCUGUUUUUCCGGGCUCAACCUUACAUUUCGAAUGCAUAUUUUCACGAAGAUUAGGUUCUCCUGAUUGGACUUGGACUUCACCUCUAGGACAGUAUUUGACAGGUUGGGCAAUUGCGUCAGAAGAACGAGACUGGAAAUAUAGACUCUCAAUAUAUUACGCCAAACCACAAGAUUCUGGGACAUUCACUUGCGCAACUCCUCGAGGAAUAACGAAUAGUAUAACCCUUGUCGUAGCAGCUGUUCACUGUGAACCUAUUUCUGUAUCGAGGAUGCAUCUUAGUGUGAGAGUAGAAGGUACAAGAUUGGGACACAAAGCUAUUUUCCAAUGUCCAGUAGGAUUUGUUGUUACUGGUGAAGCCAAUUUAACUUGCCAAGCCUCAGGAAAAUGGUCAGCACCUGUUCCACAAUGUGAGCCAGUCAGAUGUCCACCAUUGGACACACCUGAAAGCCUGGAGCCACAUCUACAAGUUGAAGAACACGACAAUAAUUAUGGGGGUACGGCUGUGUUUAGCUGUGCAUGGGGAUACAAACUAGUGGGACCACCAGGAAUCGAAUGUGAACUGAGUGGAAAUUGGUCAGGGCCAUUACCGAAAUGUGUUCCUAUACAAUGUCCACCUCCAGUUCUACCGCUUAACGGGCAUCUGAUUCAGUCUGAGGCACCAGGAAUGGACGGGGGUCGAUACGCUGUGGGCAGCUUGGUACAAUUUGCUUGCACAGGUGCUCACCAUUUGGAAGGAGAAGCUAGUAUUAUUUGUACAGAAACUGGAUUUUGGUCCCAUCCCCCACCAUUUUGUCGACCAAAAUGUUCAUACAUUGGAGAACCAGAAAACGGUUUCAUUGCUCCUACCAAGUUUGCUUACGAUCCAGGAGAUGAACUAAGCAUCAUUUGCAACGAAGGUUUUGCAACGAAUUCUGAAGAAAACCUGAAAUGUAUGCCAGAUGGAAAGUGGUCUUCUCCACUACCAGUUUGUGCCAAUAUAUCAUCCGUAUCUGAAGAACUAACUUAAACAUUCGUUAUAGAGUGCCCGAUUAAUUUUUAGUACCCGUUUCAUUUUAAUACAGUAGUGAGUUACCAAGGACAACUAGUCAUUUUAAAACAAACCAUUUGUAAAGAAACUAAAACAAACCUAAUAGGUAUAUUUGGCUAGUAGAUUUCCAACUAUAGACAAAGUAUGAACACAAGUUCCCAUCGAAGACCAUGUUAAUACUAUUAUAGAUAUAAUCAACUAGAAGAGAUGUCGAAGUAUGUCGAAAUGCGAUACAGUUGAAACUCAAACUAUUUGAAACUAGGUACUUACGUGGUGGUUCAAUAAGUACUUUUAGUUUUUUCGCCCGAUCGAUGGCGCCAAUAUCGCAAGAAAAAUGUCUGGGGAUUUUAGAAAAAUGAAAAAAGAGCAAUGUCGAUCUGUGAUCCGACUCUUAUUUUUGGAAGAGAAAUCCCGCAGGGAAAUCAAAAGGCACUUGAAUGCAGUGUACAGUGACUAGUGACUUUUCUCCUUCGAUUCUUCUCUUCAUUAUGUGCCGUGCUUGUUUUCAAGCGUUGGCUAUCGUCGUAUUAACAAGCUGAUGAAAUAUUUCUCGAUCUGCAGCUAUAUGAAACAAUUUUUCAACCUUCAACCUUCCAUUAUCUUCUUCAAUGGCGACCGCAAAAAUUGGUUUAACAAAGUUCAGUGUACUCCAUUAAAAUGUUACAUUUCGCUAUGAUGUUAUUUUAUUGUUAAAUGAACGGAAAAAAAGUUAUAACCUCCAAAAGGAAACUUCUUACAAAAUUUUCUAAUAUUUUUAUUUAUAAAUUUUUUGUUGGUCACUUGACGAUAAAAAGUAAUAGGUAUAAAAUUGUAGAAAAUUUAAUUUGCUACAUUUUAUGUGUAAUUAAAUUUUCUGUAGGAUUGCCAGUUUAGAAGAUACAGCGCGAAAGCUUUUUGCACUCCUUUUUCCAAUAUGGCGGCCGGGGGACAAGGGUGGCGACCCCAAAAACUUGAACAUAAGCUUCUACUGAACCCCCCUACAGAUCAAAAAAAUUAAAUUAACUCCUCUAAGAAAUGCAAACUAAAUGUAACUUUUUAAUGGACUAGUGGUCGCACGGAGGUUUUUGAUAAGUCACCACCCCCAGGUGCCCCGAAAAUGGCUACCAAGGAGCAUAACGUGAAAGAAUUCCACGGUCUCGUAUUGGAAAACCACCGACUGAAAGUGUGCGAGAUAGCUGAGACAGUAGGAAUAUCAAAAGACCUCGUUGGCCAUAUCCUGCAUGAAAUUUUAGGAAUAAGAAAGCUGUGGGCGCGAUCUGUGCCGCAUUUUUUCACUUCGGAUAAUAAACGCAACCAUGACACUACUUCAGAGCAAUGUCUAAGGCUGUUUAAGCAUAAUCCAAAUGAGUUUCUACAUUGUUAAAUAACCGUCAACGAAACAUUAUUUCACUGGUAUAUGGUAUACAGCAGAGACCAAGGAACACAAAAGAGCGAAGACUGUCCUAUCGGCCGGGAAGGCAAUGUUCACCGUUUUCUGAGAUUCGUAAAGUCUGGUCUAUAUCAGCUUGCUGAAAAGGACAUAACGGUCACAGGGCUUUACUAUGCCGCAUUAUUGGGCCUUAUUAUAUGCUUCGUUGACUACCAAAAGGCAUUUGAUUGUGUAAGCUGGGUAAAUCUGUGGUCAAUUUUAAUACAAAUGGGCGCACCAAUGCUCCUGGUGACACUUAUUAAAAAUCUGUACCAGUCUAAUAUAGCGACAGUACGACUAGAUCAGAAGUCAAACUCAAGAAGUCUCAAACCAAUUUAAGACCGAGAGAGGUGUUAGACAAGAAUGCGUGUUGUCACCUGACUUAUUUAACAUUUAUGUAGGGUUAACAUUUCAUGAGGAUGGUUUUAGAAGGAUAGGUCAGUGGAGUAACAGUAGCUGGUAGUAAAAUCUCCAAUUUAAGAUUUGCUGAUGACACUACACUUAUAGCAGCAAAUGAGCAAGAAAUGUUUGAUCUUCUGCGAAGAGUUGAGUACGAAAGCAAUAAAGUUGGUCUCAAAAAUAAUGGUGGUCGACAGAUUCGACACUAUUCAACUGACUAACAUGUUACAGGAAUAUCAGACAGUAAACACCUUUGACUAUCUCGGGUCUAGUAUAACUAAUGAUGGUAACUGUAAAGCAGAAGUUCGGAGACGUAUUGGUAUGACAAAAAUGCGAUGAGUCGCCUAACUAAAGUUUGUAAAGACAGAUCUAUCUCUCAAAAUAUCAAGAUAAGACUGGUGAAUGCCCUUGUAUUCUCAAUAUUUCUAUACGGAGCAGAGACUUGGACUCUUCGCGCAUGCGAGCGCCAAAAAAUUGAUGCCUUUGAGAUGUGCUGCUGGAGAAGAAUGCUGCGCAUACCUUGGACAGCUCAUAGGACAAACGUUUCCAUUCUAAACCAACUCAUUAUUAAAAAAAGGCUGUCCACAAUAUGUCUGCAACGAAUUCUGCAAUUGUUUGGUCACGUGGUUCGCAGAGGUGACGACAGUUUGGAGAGAUUAAUUGUUUCUGGAAACGAUACGGGGAGAAGAUCAAGAGGACGAUCACCAACUAGAUGCUCCGACCAAAUAAAGAAUUCAGCUGGAAACUCAUUCUGCGAAGCUCUUAGAGCAGCUGAAGAUAGAGACCAAUGGAGAAACAUUGUUAGGAAUAUUGGAAGAAAUCACGAUCCUCAGUAAUGGGGAAACUACUAGAGAGAGAUUAUUGGGCCGAUUCGAUGCGGAAUGUAAAAAAACAGUCCCAAUUGGGGAAGAAAAAGUACUCUUCCACCAUGACACCGCUCCAGAAAUUCGAGUCGAAAGUCGAGUGAGGAGUUACGGAUCACUUUUACGGAAGCCUACUUUGCAGACCUCGAGAAAACGUAUUUUUCAGACGGGUUAAAGAAGGUGAAGCAUCGCUGGAUUAAGAGUAUCGAGCUAAAAGAAGACUACGUUCAGAAAUAAAUCACCCCUUUUCCAAAAUUUUGGCUAAGCAGGUACUUAUCGGACCACCGGGAACAUCCAUAAACUACGCCGUUGAAAAGGGGGAGGGGGACUUUGCUUAUUACAACGCUAUCCGACAGGGGAUAGGGGGCCAUGAGUGCACAUUCGACGUCGUUUGAAGUUCACGAAUAUAAAAAAUAUAUCCUACUUUAGAAUUAAAAAAAAGUUAGUAUAUUAUUUUUAUCGCAUACUUUUCAUUUUGUUUUUAUCACUCACAGCCUUAACAAUAUUAUUAGCAGUUUUAUACAGACUAACAAACAAUAAAACAUUGUUCUAUGUCUUUAAACAAACGCUUCUUUUCAGUACGCAACGUCUAGAAGCAAUAAAUAUUAAACUGUUCACUUAUUUACUGAAUACUCUGUGUGAAACAAUUCUACAAGAAUGAAUAGAAAUAAAAUAUUCUAUUCUAUUUAGUUAGUACAUUGUAUCUAUUUAUACUUAAUAAAAGAAAUGGCAUUGGAAUCAAAACAAAAUAAAUAUUAAAAUUUAUAUGAUGCAGGUAAGAAAGCAUAGGAACUCCGAUAAAAGUGUUGUCUUUUGUCCCAAUAAAGCUAAUUAUUAGUUGUACAGUGAAUUGAGAGAAAAAAGUACGCGGAUAUGAUAAUGAGCUACAUAAUAAUACUGAUUUGGAUACAUUCGUAAAUAAACUUGGAGAGCUAACUUUAAAAAAUCCAGAAAUAACAUUGAAUUUUAAAAAAGUCUCUAAAAAGGGGGGUCAUGAGUUGCAAUUGCGACGUCAGUAUGAGGGGGGGUCAACUGUAAACGACGCUUUACGACGGAAGGGGGAGGGUAAUAAAAACUCCAAAAUUUUUACGACGUAGUUUAUGGAUGUUCCCCACCCUAGUACAGAAAUUUUUGGACAAAACUUUGUUAUUAGUAGAUACAUUUGUAAUACGUAGGAUGAGACUGAAAAUUUUGAAUUAAGGCCGGCUUCCACUUAUACGAAACAGCCCGCUGCGGAACGGACCGCGACGAUCGGCAUUUUAAUAUUUUCGUGUAUUUAUGUGGCUCAGCGCCUCCUUUACGGAAUCGUAGCACAUCGCGCUGUAGACCAGGAAGGAUCUGUUUUUAGGUGGAUGUGAGAGGUGGCAUUCGGAUUUAUGCGGAUAAAGUUAGGUGAUAACUUCGUUAAUAAUAAUUGAUUUAUGCUCCUUCUCAAAUAUGCCCAGAACAUUAAUAAAAAAAAAUUAAAUAUUUAAUAAUUUCAAAAAAUUUCGUUUUUUUUCUACUUUCUUUGCUUAUAACUUUAAAACGAUUCAUUUUGGAACAAAAUAGUAUAAUAAUAAAACAAAGAUAAUUAAAUUUAUAUUAAAUAAGGGGCAAAACAAGCCUGUCUUUAUUCAAUGUUUUUCCAUCACUUAGGUUACACUUAGAGCCUUCCUAAUUCGCUUAGAAAAUUUUUGUAAUGUGCUAAAACCGUCCACCAAAUGUUAGUAAAAUUGACUUAAGUACUAGUUUUUGCAUAAUCAUUUUGCAAUCUAAAGUUUUUUAAAAAUUAAAAUUUUUUAAAAUCUUGCACAACAAAAACUAGAACAUUCAAAUAUUUGUCAAUUUUUUUACAAAUAAAGAAGCACUCCACCUAUCCAAUGCACUUUACAGAAUUGAUAUCGGAUUAUUUAAGCAGCCUCACAAUGUUUUAAAGUUAUAAAGAAUUUUUUGGCUUAUAAACAAAUUAGUGCUGUGGCCAGGAGGGGGUGCUACGGGCUCCUUUAUUGAGAUGGACUUACCCAAGUUUUUUUAUGUAUUUUGACCCGUAGAACACGAAUUUUUUGGGUAACAGUUGAUCCGUAUGUCGAUAAGAUUGUUAUAAACAAAGAACUUGAGAAUUACAUAACAUUUCUUGGGUAAUUCUAAGCAAAAAAUGUUCCUACAAGUUUUUUCGUAUUAUGCAUAGUUUUCGAGAUAAACGCGGUGGAACUUUAAAAAAAUCGAAAAAUUUCAAUUUUUGAACGCGAAUAAAUUUUGAUUAAAUAAAAUUAACAUGAAGUAAAACUCCCUAGUGUAGUUGGUAUAUUUAAUAAAAAUUCUAAAAAUUUUUAAAAAUCCAAACGGAUUACGUUCAAAACGUUUUCGGACUUAUCAGUCCAUCAUCAGUGAACCUAAAAGUAAGUAAUCUCACUUAGUAAAAUUGAAAAGGGUGAAAUUUUGAAUGUUAAAAAUUGAAAAGUGUGGUUACGAUUACUUACUCUCUGUCCUUGCUAAAUAGCCACAAUGCCAAACACUGGUCAAGAUGUAUGUUCUAACUACAUGGUAAAAUUUGUUAAACAAUUUGGCUUACAUUGGAUGCCAACGGAUUAGUACUAGGUACAUGAUGCUCUACUCCAUUAAUAGGGCUUUUCAUUCACAGUCAUUUGUUUCGAGCUUCUGUCAUAUGUCGUAUAAUCCGUGUAUAUAAAUAUUGUACACAGAUUAUACAACAUUUGACAGAAGCUCGAAACAAAUGACAAUCGAUGAAAAGCCCUAUUAAGAGAUUUUUUAUUAUGAAUAGGUCUACAUUGAACUACGUUUAGUCUGUCAAUGAUUUAGAAGGAAGUUGAAAUACUUCAAAUGUCAGUAAAAUUGACAUCCAGGAAACGGAAUUUUUAAGGUAUUAACCAAGGUCAAGAUCCAAUGUGGUUACGGAAAUUUAAGUUUAAGAUUGUGUUGGAAUUUUAAUUUUUAAUAUUAGAAUUUAAAUUUACUAUUUUUUAAAAAAUAUUACAACCAUUACUAUAAACUUGACUAUAAAAUUAAAUUUGAUCGAAAUUAUUGUCAUAAUAAAAUAUGGUAAUGAAAACAAAAUGUAAGAUUGAAUUAUUGGUUAAUGAAAGUUAAAAAAUUUUGUAUAUAGCCUUGGGGGUGAAAGUUAAAACGUUGAAGAGAUACAGAAGUUGUUUAGUGUGUAUAGAAAUGUAAAUUUGUUAACUGUAAUGUUGGUUGUAUAAGUCUAGUAUGGUAUUGAUUCUGUAUGAAAUUAACUAUUUAAAAAAUUGGUGAGAAUUGAGGUAACUGAUAUAAGAUUGUUAGGUGAAAAUAUAAAUAAUUGACGGAAAGUGAAAAUGUGUUAGUUAUAGUCAAAAAUAUAGGAAAUAUUAUAACAUUAUGCAUAGAAAAGAAAAUGGAAUUAUUUUUUAAUUCCAAAAAUUUUGAUUAAAAAAUAAAAUAGCAAUUCUGCUGACAGCAUUUGAAAGUUUAAGUCAAAUUAUACCGGUUUUAAUUAUUUGCAUUGCUAAAAAUUAAUGUUUUUAUUAUUAAACAAAGCUAUUUGUUUAUAAACCAAAAAAUUGUUAAUAAUUUUAAAACAUUGCUGAAGCUCCUUAAACAAUCCGAUUUUAAUUCUGUAAAGUGUAUUGGAUAGGUAGAGCACCUCUAAAAAAUUAGCCAACUUCUAAAUGGUCUACUUUUUGUUCAGGAAGAUUUUAAAAAAUUUGAACUUUUUUAAAAACAUUUAGAUUGCAAGUUUAUUAUGCAAAAUCUGUUAGGUCAAUUUUAAUGAAAUUUGGUAGACCGUUUAAGUAAGUUAUAAGAAUUUUCUAAGCGAAUUACUAAGGUUCUAAGUGCCACCAAAGUGGUUAAGAAACAUUGAAUAACAACAGGCGUAUUUUGACCCCUUUUUUGUAUUUAUUGCUAUAUUGCAGAAAAGAUAAUACCUUAAGACAUUUUUGACCAGUCGUAUAUCAUACAAAAUUCAAUUAUCAUUAUUUUAUUUCUCUACGACUUUGUUCCAAAACGAAUCGUUUUAAAGUUAUCCAUAUAGCACACAAUGUCCGAUGGACGUCCAUAUAACGUACAUUUAAAGUCCAAACGUCCAUGGACCAAAACUGGACGUACUAUGUACUUCCAUUACGCGACGUCCAUUGGACGUUUGAUUUCAACGUACAUUGGACAUCCAUUUGUGGUCCAUGGAGAUUUUACACAAAACGCGACUAUUAUUAUCAGUAAUUAUAUAUAGCUUCUUGUUUUAAUCAAAGCAAUAUUAUUAGUAGAAUACAAGAAGCUUCUAAUAAAUGUAGUCACAUAUUUUUUCAUCAUCGAAUUAAAACACUGAACCACUAAAAUUAUUUUAAUUAAACCUAUAUAAUAUUAGAUGAUGAUAAAACGAUGGUAAACUUUUUGAGAAUAACGGAGCUAUAUCGCGAAUCGGUAAUUAUAAAACUUACAAUAAUUAGACACUACCAAUUUAAAUCUUAAAUGUGCAUUUUGUAACUGUUAAAUUUCCCGCCAAACUAAAUGAGAAUCUUCUUGACAACGUUGUCGCUCUUCACGCUAUCGGUCGUAAAAGGUAGUAUUAGACAGGUACUUUUAGGGGAUUAUCGCUGUUAAUAAUUGUUGUGGAAUACUGAAGGAGGAUUUAUUUAUGAUAAUUCACAGAAUAGCCAACCAGCUUGCAAUAUACAACCGUCCUGACUCUAAGUUCUAAGAAAUAAUUAAAUAAUGUUUGGAAGGAAACAGAACACUCACAACAGAACAGAAAUAAACCUCUUUUAAUGUGAGUGCUUCAUAGGGCGCCAUUAUCUGAAUUUUGUCUUUAUUAAGUUAUUACAUACAAUAUAAUACAUCCUGUGAUAUCUUUGUGUUUGCUGUUUAUCGUGCAGGUGCAGUCGUGCAUUAAUGAAGUUCCUAUAAUAAAGUUAUAAUAAAGAGAAAUAAAAAAGGUAUUUUGUGUAAUAUUUUAAAGUAUAAGUUUAGUAUUAUAGGAACUAUUUCCUAUACCUAAAGGCUUUUUGCUAUGUAUGUACAUAUUCAUAAAAUUAUGGACACUAGAUUGCUUUCUGAAAAGUGCCCUACAAAAAGGUCCAUAAAGGCCCCGUCUCACCAUCAAAUAAUUGACAGUUAUUUGAUCAAACUAGACAGUUAGUGACACAAAGUGACAGUUAGUAUGUAUAGUUUGUGUCACUAGUCAAGUUUGACUGUCAAGUUUGAUCAAAUAACUGUCAAUUAUUUGAUGGUGAGACGGGGCCUUAAGACUUACAUUGAAUGUACAUCAGAUGUACAUUGAAUGUACAUAAAAUGUACACUGAAAGCUUCAACAACGUACACUGUACGUUUGUAGCGGACGUCCAUUGGACGUUCCAAUGUACACAGAUGUACGUCCAUUGGAUGUCCAUAAAACGUACUUGUGCUAUCUAGGUAUAAGCAAAGAAAGCAGAAAAAAUCGAUGUUUUUCGAAAUUUUUAAAUAUUUUAAUUUUUUAUUAAUGUUCCGGGCAUAUUUGAGAAGGAGCAUAAGUCAAUUAUUAUUACUGAAGGUGUCACCUAACUUUAUCUGCAAAAAUCCGAAUACCACCUCUCACAUCCAAAAAUAGACGUUUUUUUACAGAUUAAUCCUGGUCUUUUGAGCCAUUUGAAUACACACAAAUAUUAAAUUGCCGAUCGUUUCGGUCCGUUCCGUAGCGGGCUGUUCCGUAUAAGUGGGCGCCGGCCUUUUUUGUCACUAUUUAAAGAAAAUUACAAUAUCGUUGUUGACUACAUUGAUAUACAAUGCUACAUCCAAGCAUUUUUUAAAUAUAGGUACCUAUUUCAACCGUUUAUCAUUCAUUGAAGUCCAGUGUGAAUCUGUACAAAAUAACAUAAGUUGGUUGUAAUGGGCCGAAACUUAAAACUCCUGUUGAGCUGGCCCCCACUUGCAGAAAUUAAAAAACAAAUAGCGCUGAUUUACAAGCUAUUUAUGAGAUUUGAUAUCCCGCCAAUUAAAAAUUUUAAGCUCAUUACACUGGGCAGGAAUUUAAUAUUUUAAUAAAGAUAUUGCAUCGAUCUUUGAGCAUUCGAUGUUAUAUGAUUUCGAUUUUUAAGCUCAUCCCCUCAACACCCAAACAACCUUUUAAUUGAUUUAACUCAAGAGAAAAAUGUGGAGAUAAAUUAAAAUACAUAUUUAUAUCCUAUCGCGGAUAUAAUUUGUAUAGCGUAUAAAUUCUAAGAAUAAACCAUUAACCCUUACUAACACAAAUCUUCCUCCGCUGAGAUAAUCAAGCUAAGACAAACAAAACUGCAAAUUAUAAAACUGAUCUGAUCUCUACUACCAGGAAUUCUACUUAACAGCCUUGACGAAUUGUUAAAAUGUAUCAUACAACCAAAUCUGUAUUGAGUUUCUUAUCCUUGCAAUAGAAAAAUCGACCACUAACAUAUCCAAAAUCAUAUCUCAUGGCGGCAGCAGACUUCGCUAUGUGUUAUUUGCUAUGCAUCGCUUAGAUGCAUAUCGCACUAUGCUACGCAUCGUGUUAUUUACUACGCUUCUUCUUGUAGUGCCUAUCCGUUUCGGAUGUUGGCCGCCAUCAUGGCAAUCUGUACUUUGCACACUGCUGCUCUAAAAAGAUUUGUAGUGGUUGUGUUGAACCACGUACGUAGAUUUUUCAGCUACUUACUCAGCGUAGACUUUUCGGCUAUCUACGCUAUAUGAUCCCAAAUAGUUGUCUUUUGAAAUGUGUCAAAACCGGCCACUUGACUUGAGGAUAGGCUCAUUUGCUAUUCGUGCUUAUGCAUUAUGCGUGCGAAUAAAGCAUAUAACAGGCGCAUAACAAACAGCACAUAGCGAAGUGUGCUGCAGCCAUCAUAGUAUUUAUUACAAGUAGAAACACAGAUUACAAUCAACAUUUUAAGGGGCUACAUCAGCGCGUCAUUAAGACGAAAAACGCGUUCCAAGAUUGCAGGCUUAGUUUUGAAUAUUUUGUCGAGUUAUUUGGCACACAUAUACGUAAUAUAGUAAAGAAUGGCGGUACAGAGCCUAAUUUGAGGAAUAUGUUAAAGGAAUAUAAUUAGGUAUGAGAAAUAACUAUUAAAAAAGCGAGUCUGUACCGCCAUUAAGAAGAAUAAAAACAUACACUUUCUUCAAAUAAACUUUUUUAUCCCAUGCCUAGAUUUUGUGUUACAUUGGAACUACCAAAAUGGAUUAUCUAUAACAAGAAAUCGAACUUAACUUACUGAUCUGGCCACAUACAAGUCGGAAAAAUGAAAGAAUACCCAUGAACGAACAUAUAAAACACGCUGUAUUUUCCUGUCACCGUGUUACAAAGAAAAUUGCCCAGCGCAAGUACACGUACUAGUAACUAUUACAUGUACUUGCGCUGGCCAAUUUUUUGUGUGACACGGUGACAGAAAAAUACAGCGUGUUUUAUAUGUUCGUUCGUGGGUAUUCUUUCAUUUUUCCUACUGUAUUUAGCACGCAUAUGAGUACAAUAUUAUCACAAUAUUGUGCCUUUGUCUUUGAUAGUGUUCGUACUGCCGACGCACUGUUGCCAAAGGUUCGAAAAACUGUCCGGCUCCUAUCUCUCGAAUUAAUAUUGAUGACACACUGAUGUAGCCUCUUAAGGGUUCAUGUUUUGAGACUAAAAAAAUAACACGUUAAAACAAGAAUGUCAA